UGACGUAUAUUGUGUGCGCCGCCGCUUGUACACACAGCUCAGUCAUGUUCGUACCGGCUACUUCGGAUUGGAGUCUCCCUGCAGACAGCACUUUGCUGAUGCCAGCAGUAUCAGUGGGGAAUGUUGGCCAGCUAGCCAUUGAUUUGAUUAUUUCAACCUUGAAUAUGACAAAAGUUGGCUACUUCUACACAGACUGUCUGGUGCCUAUGGUAGGAAACAAUCCUUAUGCCACCAGUGAAGAUAAUGCAAAGGAACUGAGUACGAACGCAGAAGUGUAUUCUCUGCCCUCCAAGAAUCUUACAGUUCUCCAGAUCCGAUCACCAUUAAUAAAGAAAAAAUCCCAGUGUUUCCGCCAAGCCUUAAUAUCCUGGAUUAAGAAGUGUGGAUUUUCCAAAGUGGUGCUGCUUUCAAGCAGCCAUGCGUAUCGGCGAGAUGACCAGCAACUUUUUGGGACUCCAUACCGGUAUUUAGUCACUCCAGCUUUGCUACCAUCGGUGACAGAUGUGAUGAAAGAACUUGAGUGGAAGGAAAUGGAGAACAUUUCUUUAUAUCCAGGCAUUAAUGAUGAAGAGAAAAAGAUGUCUAUCCCUGGAGGAGGCUUUUCAAAGCAGAUGUUUGAAGACUGCUCCUCAGAAGACAUAAAAAUGGCUGUUGUUUUAAAAUUCUGCUCAGAGGGUGACAACAUUCCCGACGCCUUCGGUCUUCUCAAUCACCUGAACAAGUGGCUACACCUGAUAGAGCUUCCAAAUGACGGUGUCACCUCUCACUGGACGAUGCCAAGUUCCUGGAGAUUACUGUUUGGCAGUGGCCUGCCACCUGCUCUUUUCUGACCUGGAAUGCCCUCUGGAGCUUUGUUCCCGUUACUAAGCACUUUCAAGAUGCAGCACAUUUUUGUUGGAGAUUUUCUGGCUUUUUUUUUUAAUAUAAAGUUCCAAAACAAUAAAAACAUUUU